ACCAGAAAAGACGCGAUGGGGAAGCGAGGUUAUUUUGUGAGAAUCUCGUUUUACACGGAGUCGCUAAGUGCUAAAGGGAGAAGACCGGCCUUUGCUGUUAAAAUGGACGUCGAGGCAUCAGGAGCUCAAAAAUUCACCGUCGUGGACUACGUGGUGUUCUCCCUGAUGCUGGUGGUGUCUGUGGGCAUCGGCGUGUACAGCUCCCUGAGGGGCAAAGGGGCGUCCUCGACCCAGGCUUUCCUGCUGGGGGGGCGGGAUAUGUCCCUCACGCCCGUGGCCUUUUCUCUGACGGGCGGCGUCAUUUCGGCCAUUUCCAUUUUGGGGCUGCCGACGGAGCUGUAUCUGUACGGGACGCAGCUGGUCAUGAACAUCCUCGGCGCCAUCGUCGGGGUGCUGGUGGUCAGGAACCUCAUCCUCCCCAUCGUGUACCCACUCAGGCUCGUCUCCAUCUACCAGUACAUCGAAAUCAGAUUCAAGUCCAGAGUCCUCAGGAAGUUCGCGACGGCUUGUCAAUUACUCUCGUCAUGUUUCUACGUCGGCCUGUGUCUGUACGCGCCUUCCCUCGCUCUCUCCUCCGUCACGAACCUCCCCACCUGGGCCUCCGUCAUCAUCAUGGGCAGCAUCUGCACCUUCUACAUCACUAUUGGGGGCGUGAAAGCAGUUGUCUAUACCGAUGUGAUCCAGACUCUCGUCAUGUUCUUUGGCGUGCUGGCCGUCGUCGUCGUCGUUUGCAGGAACCUGGGAGGAAUAGAGGAAGUUUGGGAAGUGGCUGGCCAGGGAGGACGUCUAGAAUUUUUCAACUUGGACCCCAGCCCAUUCACUCGCCACACCCUCUGGUCCACGAUGGUGAUGGGCGUGUUCAUGGUGUUUAGUUUCUUGGGCGUGAGCCAGCCUCAGUAUCAGCGGUUCGCUUCCGUCCCCACCCUCGCCCAGGCUCAGCUACUAUCUCUGCUGUUCCUCCUGGGAAUGAGUCUCCUUUGGGGCGUCUUCUACACCUCCGGCCUCGUCGCCUAUGCUCUCUACAAGGACUGCGACCCUCUGACGUCCGGGAAGAUUGAGAAGCCGGACCAAAUCAUCCCUUACAUGGUGACGGAUAAGCUCCAUCACCUGACGGGGAUGCCCGGGCUCUUCGUGGCGGCUGUGUACGGGGGCGUUCUCAGCUCCCUGUCGUCGCAGGGCAACGCCAUCGCCUGCGUCCUGUGGGAGGACUUCCUGAAGGAGAGGCCGUACUUCCGCGGCAUCAGCGGCCGCAGCGCCACCAACAUUGUCAAACUGCUGUCAUGGCUGGCCUGGCGUUUUCACUGGUCGUCAACAUAUGGAUGGUGAUCGGGCGCUUCGUGGUCAGCGGGAAGCAGCCCGUGCGGCUCCCGCUGUCCCUCGACGGCUGCGUCGACCAGGUAGCGGGGACGCCGACGGCGCUCAACGCGACGCUCGGCCUCCUUGCCAACGCCACCGUCGACGCUUUCACCACCGUGGCUGCGUCCAAGCCAGA